GCGAAACAUAGCCCUGGGAUCCUGCCAUGAACAGUAAGAAAGCUGAGAUACUUUGUGUGCAUGAAGAACAGAGGAGAUAUUUCCGCUUGUCAGAGAUGAUGUGGAGAGACUCUUUAUCCCUGGUGGAAGAGGAGGAUCCUCAUAUGAAAGUGUCUCUUGGCAGCAGCGAUAUGGGCGUCUCUGCCCACCUGCAGUCUUCGAAGACAGGAACCACCAGAUUUUUCACCAGCAAUACUCACAGUUCUGUGGUGUUACAGGGCUUUGACCAGCUGCGGGUGGAAGGUUUGCUCUGUGACGUGACGCUCGUUCCUGGAGAUGGUGAUGAGGUGUUCCCUGUGCACAGAGCAAUGAUGGCUUCUGCAAGUGAUUACUUCAAGGCCAUGUUCACAGGAGGAAUGAAGGAACAAGAUUUAAUGUGCAUUAAGCUUCAUGGUGUGAACAAAAUAGGCCUAAAGAAGAUCAUUGAUUUCAUCUAUACUGCAAAACUUUCCCUUAACAUGGACAACCUUCAGGACACUCUGGAAGCUGCCAGUUUUUUGCAGAUUUUACCUGUUUUGGACUUCUGUAAAGUAUUUCUUAUCUCUGGGGUUUCAUUGGAAAACUGUGUUGAGGUUGGGCGAAUUGCCAACACGUACAAUCUCACAGAAGUGGAUAAAUAUGUUAAUAAUUUCAUCCUGAAGAACUUCCCUGCAUUAUUAAGUACUGGUGAAUUUGUGAAACUCCCCUUUGAACGUCUUGCCUUCGUGCUUUCAAGUAAUAGCCUUAAGCACUGCACUGAGCUGGAGCUCUUCAAGGCGGCGUGUCGCUGGCUGCGCUACGAGGAGCCCCGCAUGGAGUACGCCGCCAAGCUCAUGAAGAACAUCAGGUUUCCCCUGAUGACACCCCAGGAUCUUAUCAACUACGUUCAGACGGUGGACUUCAUGAGGACUGACAACACCUGCGUCAACUUGCUGCUGGAGGCCAGCAACUACCAGAUGAUGCCGUACAUGCAGCCGGUGAUGCAGUCGGAGCGGACGGCGAUCCGCUCGGACAGCACGCACCUGGUGACGCUGGGGGGGGUGCUCAGGCAGCAGCUGGUGGUCAGCAAGGAGCUGCGCAUGUACGACGAGAAGGCCCACGAGUGGAAGUCCCUGGCGCCCAUGGACGCGCCGCGCUACCAGCACGGCAUCGCCGUCAUCGGCAACUUCCUCUACGUGGUGGGCGGCCAGAGCAACUACGACACCAAGGGCAAGACGGCGGUGGACACGGUCUUCAGGUUUGAUCCGCGCUACAACAAGUGGAUGCAAGUGGCAUCUUUAAACGAGAAACGGACCUUCUUCCACCUAAGUGCCCUGAAAGGACAUUUGUACGCAGUCGGAGGUCGGAACGCGGCGGGCGAGCUAGCCACUGUGGAAUGUUACAACCCCAGAAUGAACGAGUGGAGCUACGUGGCAAAAAUGAACGAGCCCCACUAUGGUCACGCUGGAACGGUCUAUGGGGGGUUAAUGUACAUUUCAGGGGGAAUCACCCACGAUACUUUCCAAAAGGAACUCAUGUGCUUUGACCCUGACACAGACAAAUGGACUCAGAAAGCUCCCAUGACGACAGUCAGAGGUCUGCAUUGCAUGUGUACUGUAGGAGACAAGCUGUAUGUCAUUGGUGGCAAUCACUUUAGAGGAACAAGUGAUUAUGAUGAUGUUCUAAGCUGUGAAUAUUACUCACCAACUCUAGACCAGUGGACUCCAAUUGCCGCCAUGUUGCGUGGGCAAAGCGAUGUCGGGGUCGCUGUCUUUGAAAAUAAGAUCUAUGUUGUUGGAGGAUAUUCUUGGAAUAACCGGUGCAUGGUGGAAAUAGUUCAGAAGUAUGAUCCAGAAAAAGAUGAGUGGCAUAAAGUAUUUGACCUUCCAGAAUCCCUUGGUGGCAUUCGAGCCUGCACUCUGACAGUUUUCCCUCCGGAGGACAACACAGGGUCACCGUCCAGGGAGUCUCCUCUGUCAGCACCUUAGACCCAUCCCUUGGCUCACCAUUGUAGUAACACCUCUGCACUGCAUCAUGGGGUCUCUCAUUUUUCUUCAGUAGUUUCUGUUAGGCUUAGCCUACAGCAUUUCAUACAAUUACUGGAAAAAAAAAAAAAAGGACUUUGACAUUAUUUCUGCUGUUUGUUUGGCCUAGAAUGUCUCUCAAGUGGUUGACAAAAAGAGAUGUACUCGCCCGAGCCAAAUGUUUAACAAAUGAGAGGGUAUUGUCUAUAAAAUGUAUGAACUAGGUACGUUAUUAAUGUUGUAUGUUGGGUGUGAGGUACUUUGUAGCUUACAUUUGGGAGCCCAGUGAGUCAAAUUUGUAUUGAACAUGUCACUGAAUUUCAUGUUGAAAUCCUCUUUCCUUUCAUUUUUGACUGCAGAUCACAAGGGUAGGUAGACCACAUCAAUGUGAACUCUCUGAAGGUUGCCAAGGGGCCUGAGCUACCUCCCUCUUUACACAGAGUAUUUUUGACAUAUCUGUUUACCCACCUGACUUUGUGGGUGCUUUCAGAGCAUAUGAAGUUUCUUAGGCAGAGGGAAGAAAUAAAAUAAUUUUAAAAUAUUAGCACUGUACAGGAGCGGACCUUGUAGGGGUCGGGAGUUUUUUAUAACAUACAUCAAGUGUUUUUCCUGAGUCAGUUGAAUGAUGCUUCAAACAAAACAUUCUAAACAUAUUUGUGUUUUUUAAUUUGUUCUUUUUGUUCAGGAAUUGGCUUCCUCUUGCAUGGGAGCACAUACUAUUAACAAAUGGGAAUUCAGUGCAGUUGUGUAUUCUGUGCUAUGGCUGUACUGAAUAUGGGUAGUUAAGGGCUAGAAUCAGUAACUUAAGCCACUGAAUUUGACCAAAUGGUUCCAUCCAAUCAAAUUUAAUCUACCUUUUCUCCUUUGUUGUUGAGAUAACUUGCAUAAUGUGUCCUCUGUAUAGUCUCAGUUAAUAAGGUUAUUUAGCACAAAGUGCAGCUUCAGUGAGAGAGCUGCUUUUGCUCAGUGAACCUGGACUACCACAUUUUACCUUCUUUUGUUCAAUAAAACUUUUAACUGCA